GAAAUGCCAAUAGCAGAUCUGCUUGGUGUGCGCUUUGACAUGCAGCUGCUGGGCAAGCUGACUCUGUCCGUUGCUGCUGUACUGCUCAUCUCCUGGGCUUACAGAUUCUACAGCUCAAGGGCUCAGGACCGAACUCAACUCAGCAACAGACUCGCUCAGCCCAGAAACAAUCCGACUGCUCCGGAAACAUGUAGCAAAUGCAAGAUGGAACUAAAACCGUGUAAUAAAGGCACUCUGGAGGAUUCUGUGGAAGAAAACCAGUCUAAACAAUCCCCACAGAACACAGAAGAGGACACUCUCAGACAAGAGAGAAAUGAUGCGGUGACAACAGAAGAAGACUUGCACAAGUUCAAAUACUGUGCGACAGCUGCAAACUCUGAGGAGAGAGUUCCCACUGCAGAGGAAAAAGAUUUUACAGAGGAUGUUUCCCCUAGUGACAUUAAGGACACAUUUGGCACAGAUGAUUUAAAGUCAGGACUGACUUUGCCAUUGCCUAACGCUGAUGAAAAUCACCCUGUGAGCCCAACUGGGCGCCGUUCUCCAUGCAUAUUCAGGAAGUUGGAGGGUAGUGUGGGUGUGGGUAGGGAGUUAAGGCAGAACCUGGAUCACCAAGGCACAUUUUCUACCUUUUUAUCCAAAGCAGAGAUUAAAGUAGAGGAUGCUGAUCUCGUGCUGGAAAAGCCUGGCAACCAGACUGUUGAGGUACGUGGAAAGAUCUAUGAUUAUUAUGUCGAAUCUUCUUCACAUUCCAUUUCCAACCUCCGCCCCACUUCCUCUCUUGGAAGCCCAACAUAUGGACAAUAUAAAAGCAGCUUUAUGUUGGAGUCACAGCCAGUGGAGUUGUCAAGUCUUAAAAGCAACAUCAUGGAAAUCCCUCGAAUAACCAGUCCUGAACCCUCCUCUAUGAUCAUGAGAGAUAAGGCAUUAGCCGCUGAAAUGUCUGAGGACCCACAUUUUCCCAUCAGACCAGAGUCCAAAAGACCCGGCAGGCAUAGACUUCUUCGAAAGGACAGUUACAUCACAGCAGCCUCAAACUCAGAGCUCCAGAUGCCAUUACAUUCAUCCAUGGCCUCAACAACACAAAUUUCCUCUCCCGUGUCAUCAUCUAAAGAUCUGCAAAGCUGCCCUGUCAGCCCAUCAGCUUCUGAUAAAGAUACAUCAUACCUAAGUGAACUCUUAGAUGAGCAAAAUUUGGAAACAGUAGCUGGGGCCAAAUUUUUAAACUUCUCUCUGGAGAACAUAGGUAGCUCAGAACUAGAAAGUCUGGCAGGUAAACUUGACUUAGGCAACUGCUUGCAAGCACUGUGUUUGGCCAAAAAACAUGGGCACGCCGCUCUCCGACAAGCUGCUCUCAGAGUUAUGUCUGACAACUAUUUUGCAGUUCUUAGAGACCCAGACCUGUAUGGUAGGCUAAAAGCUGGAGACCGGGAACAAAUCCAAAAAGAGCGCAUGCGAGGUAGGCGAUUCCUGAUGGUAGCAGACAUGGAGUCUCCAGAUUGGGGUAGGCAUUUAUCACAGGUAUCUCAGUCAGAUUCUGGAAAGACUUCCAGUGGGAUAUAUUAUUAUGAUGACUACAAAGACACAUGGCACCUCCAGGGCCACAUACCUGAGGAAGUCUUAUCAAAGGGUUGUGCCAUGUGUACCAUGGACAAUUAUUUGUUUGUUGCUGUUGGCUUCCAAGGCAGGGACCGCAAUGCAGCUCCUUCAAGAAGAGUAUUUUGCUACAAUCCUAUAACCUCCAUUUGGAGUGAAAUCAGUCCCAUGAAUGAAGCCAGGCCUCACUGUAAGCUUGUGGCUUUGCAGGGCUUUGUCUAUGCCAUUGGAGGAGAAUGUCUUUCAUCAGUAGAGCGCUAUGACCCUCGUUCUAACAGAUGGACCUUCAUUGCACCACUGCCUAAUGAAACUUUUGCCGUAGCCCACCGAGCCACUGCUUGCAAUGGUGAACUUUUUGUUACAGGUGGCACGUUGAAGUACACGCUCUUACGCUACAGCCCCAAGACUAACACAUGGAAACAGUGCCUGAUGGUGGGCACCAAAGAGAGGACCACUGAAUUGGUGGCAGUGAGGAACUUCCUUUACCGCUUUGAUGUCAGCCCUUCACUGGGCAUCAGCGUGUACCGUUACCAUGCUGUGGCACGGCUGUGGUAUGAGUGCUGCUCCAAACGUCUCCUCUACUGUCCUGCCUUCAAAUGUGUUACCAUGGAUGAUAUCAUUUACUGUGUGAGUCGUCAAUUCACCAUGAGGUUCCUGGCCGACGAUGUGUCUCCCAGCUUUGUUGCGGAGGAUUUGAAAGUUCUCUCAGCAGCCAAGGGCAUCUUGUUUCCUUUUGUCCUUUCACUUCCUGAUAAGAGUGCUCUACAAACUCGAGUAUAA